AUGACGACCGUAGCUACAGACAGUGUACGGGAGAAGGCUCUCGCCGAUUAUCGCAAGAAAUUAUUAGAACAUAAGGAACUUGAAGCCAGGUUGAAAGAGAUGAGAGAGACCCUGAAAGACCUGACCAAACAAUAUGAUAAAUCUGAAAAUGAUUUGAAAGCACUUCAAAGUGUUGGACAGAUUGUUGGUGAAGUUCUCAAACAGUUGACAGAGGAAAAAUGUAAACUGAAGACAGACACUAAUGAUACAUGGAUUAUGAGAGCUGAGGGUAGAAAAAAAAGUUAUUGGUUUUUGGCUGAUGAUUGGUUCAAAGCUGAUGGUAAUGGUUUUAAAACUGAUUGUUUAAUUUGUAGGCAUUUACCACGGGAAGUUGAUCCAUUAGUUUAUAAUAUGUCAGCUGAAGAUCCAGGUAGUGUUAGUUUCAAUCAGAUUGGUGGUUUAUCUGAACAGAUUAGAGAACUCAGAGAGGUUAUUGAACUGCCAUUGUUGAAUCCUGAAUUAUUUCAACGUGUUGGUAUCACACCACCUAAAGGAUGUUUAUUAUAUGGACCUCCUGGUACUGGUAAAACAUUGUUAGCUAGAGCUGUUGCUAGUCAACUAGAUUGUAACUUCUUAAAGGUUGUAUCAAGUGCUAUAGUUGAUAAAUAUAUUGGUGAAAGUGCUAGGUUGAUUAGAGAAAUGUUUGCUUUCGCUAGAGAUCAUGCUCCCUGUAUUAUAUUUAUGGAUGAAAUUGAUGCUAUUGGAGGUCGAAGAUUCUCUGAAGGUACUUCAGCUGACAGAGAAAUCCAAAGAACUUUGAUGGAGUUAUUGAAUCAGAUGGAUGGUUUUGAUGCAUUAGGACAAGUUAAAAUGAUAAUGGCUACCAAUAGACCUGAUACUUUAGAUCCUGCUUUAUUACGACCUGGUCGUCUUGAUAGAAAAAUUGAAAUCCAGUUGCCCAAUGAACAAGCUAGGAUGGAAAUUUUAAAGAUUCAUGCCUCACCAAUUGCCAAACAUGGAGAAAUAGAUUGGGAAGCUGUAGUUAAAUUAUCAGAAGAUUUUAAUGGAGCUGAUUUACGUAAUGUUUGUACUGAAGCAGGAAUGUUUGCUAUAAGAUCAGAGAGAGAUUAUGUUCUAGAAGAAGAUUUUAUGAAAGCUGUAAGAAAAGUAGCUGAUAAUAAGAAAUUGGAAUCUAAAUUAGAUUAUAAACCAAUCUAA